AUGUCUUCCUCCACCAGUAAGACGACAGCAACCACGCCAAGCUGGACGAUGCGAGGCCAUACCAACCGGGUAAAAGGUGUUGUACACCUGCCUGGCGGACGACGCAUCAUCACAUGUUCAGUGGACGGCUCACUCCGACUAUGGGACUUGGAGAGCGGCGCACAGAUAGGUGAGGACUGGAAAGAUGAGAGCAAGGCAGGAGUGUUCUCCAUAGCAUUGUCUCCAAACAACAAGACAAUUGCAAGUGGAAGCAGUGACGGGACAGUGAGGUUGUGGGACGUUGAGACGAGGAGGGUCAUCGCCAAAUGGACAGGACACACCAAUGUUGUGUGUGCAUUGUGCUGGAGUGCAGAUGGUAAGCGAGUAGUGAGUGGGUCUUGGGAUGGGAUGGCAAGAGUAUGGAAAGUCAAGAGCGGCAGAACCGUCCUGAGACUUAAAACCGGGCAUGCGGAAGUGUACGCGGUGAUGCAUUCGCCCGACCAAACAAAGAUUGCGACUGGUGGAUGGGAAGAGGAUGCAGCGAAAAUCUGGAAUGCGAAGACGGGAAAGCUGAUCACGACACUCAAACACAAUUGGCCAGUUUGUAGCUUGGCAUGGACGUCGGAUGGAAAGAGGUUUAUCUCCGCGUCAUUCGACCCGAUCAGAAUCUUCGACACUACCACUUGGCAGGAAAUCGCCAUCCUGCAAUUGGAGGGUCAGCCAUCCCGUGUCAACGCCAUUCUCGACGGUCGCAACUGGGACAACGGUCACAUCGAUCACACCCGGGUCAACGCCAUCUCUUUGUCUAGGAACGACCGCCUCCUUGCAAGUGCAUCAUGGAAUGACACAGCGCGUCUGUGGAAUCUAGACACCUACCUCCCGGCCGGACCACCUCUCCAGCACGAAGAUAAGGUGGACUGUGCAGCCUUUUCCGCUGAUGCAAAACUGCUAGUCACUGGUUGUCAGGACAAAAACGUUUACGUUUGGGACAAUCACGCCAUCCUCAACGAAGCUAGCCUUGAAGACGACCGACUGCACACUGGUGCUAAAGACAGACUCGCACAGAAGCCAUCUCAAGGAAAUUCAGGAAUAGAGCGGACCCCCCGCUCUUCGUUCAGUGACAGGUCGUUUUUGGAAGCUGAUGCUACGCGAUGUCAUGACGAGUUCGGGGGUGUUGAUGAACUUCCGCCUAGGUUUUUUGACGAUAUCCAACCCGACGUUGAUUCCUCCAAAAUGGGUGGUGCCCACCCUCAUUCCUCUGCGAGUGCACUCCUCGCUCACCUUUCCUCGCUCCUCCACCGCGUUCGACACGGCAAUGCUGAAGCGACCGACCUUCCGCAACCCCCGACGUCUUCGGGAUUACAUCCACAGGCGCUCCUCGCUCGCCUGUCCUCGCUCAUUCACCGUUCUCCACCUGAAAAUGAUGCAGAAAACGAACCUCAGCAACCCUCUACGCCUUCGAGGUUAGAUACGCACGCGCUCCUUGCUCGCAUGUCCUCAUUUCUUCGCCGAUCUCGACUCAGCACCGAAGAAGAAAGCGAACCUCGCCCCACAAUGCCUUCGGGUUCAAGUCCAGAUGCACUCAUCGGUCGUCUGUCCUCACUCUUCCGCUCUCAACUCAAGACCAACGAAGAAAUAGAACUCCCGCACCGCUCAUGGCGUCCUCGUGUUGUCGAAGUUGCUCCAAUGCGGGAUAGGGAGGUAUUGUUUGUUGCUCCGCGGUCGCCACCACAUCGUCCACACACUCAGCCUGAUGGUAAUACCACACCAAGACCUACGCAGUCACGACUCCUGUUAUUGUUGGCUCAUCUUGUACUUUUCCUCUGUUGUGCAUCUCCUCAACAUAUUGAUGACAAUGCGAAACCAACACAGCAGCAGCAAGGUCAAUCGCAAGACCAUGUCCAGGCCCAGGCAUCAUCAUCGCAGACAUGA